AUGACUGCGGGGGAAUACGAGCUUUUCAAGGAGGUUAGGAAGCAAGCCGCCUCCGAAAGACAAGGCACAGUUUCACGACCCCGCCUAGCCCCUGAGGCAUCCAAAGAACUAGCUCCCGCUUCCGACAGGAGCUCAAAGAGGAAGCAGCCGGAAGAACUUCCACGUGCUUCAUUCCGCGAGCCCAAGAAGGAGGAGCCGCCAGCCUCAGUGGCGGAAAGCUCUCUACACCCGCCUCGGGAUUCAGGAAAGGGGAAGGUCGUGAUCCUGGCUGAAGACCUGCCCGAAGAUCCUGACGAUAAGGCUCUGGCGGAUUUCCUGACAGAAGUAUACCCAGCGGACUCAGAAGAGGUCUGGAAAAUCUACGUGGACGGGUCGGCUAACCAUUGUGGGAGUGGUGUAGGAGCACUACUCAUAUCCCCACAAGGAGAUAUCAUGCAGUUGGUCGUGCGGUUAAGUUUCAGAGCUACCAACAAUGAGGCAGAAUAUGAAGCUCUACUAACAGGCCUGCAAGCGGCUCGGCAUGUGGGGGCGAGUCGAGUCAUCAUACAUUCCGAUUCCCAGCUGGUAACUCAGCAGACAACCGGGCAAUUUGGGGUGAAUAGCGAGAGGAUGCAAGUUUAUAAGGAGGCUUAUGAAAAGAUGAAGGGAGAAUUCAAGGAGAUCACAGUCACAAAGAUUCCUAGAACUGAAAAUGAAAGAGCGGAUGAGUUGGCUAAAAUGGCUAGUUCCCUGAAUUUGGCUUACCUCACAAGUUGGUAUCGGAUAAUGGCCGACAAUUCCAGGGACACAGGAUACAGAAUUGGUGCAAGGGGUUCGGCAUAA